UAUCGUAGCGUUAAAAUUCGAUGCUAGGUCAACACGCAUAGGGCAGCUAAGCAUAUCUACUCGGCACGUUCGUUCAAAUCCGCUGCGCCGUUGCGCUAAGCUUCCGCGAAACGCGUCGCGAGUUCCCUGAUAUUGCUAUCCAACACGGUAAACAAUUAAUUAUAAACGUCGACACAUGCGCCUGCUACGGUGCCAUCGAAAUUUUGAGAUUUGGCUGUUGUGAGGAUUAACGGGUUGUGUAUUAUAGUGUGUCGCUUCAUUUGGUUGCAGAUAAUAUGAAUCUAGAGGAGUACCGCAAGCAUGGAAAAGAAGUGGUGGAUUACAUUGCCGAUUAUCUGGCGAAUAUUCGAUCCCGACGCGUUUACCCGGCGGUUUCUCCCGGUUACCUGAGAAACGUUUUGCCUACAUCCGCACCUGUGGAUGGCGAACCUUGGGAGGAUAUAUUCGCGGACAUCGAAAGGUGCAUCAUGCCAGGAGUGACGCAUUGGCAGAGUCCACAUAUGCACGCCUAUUUCCCAGCCCUUAAUUCACCUGCAAGUCUGCUAGCCGAUAUGCUGGCCGACGCAAUCAAUUGUCUUGGAUUUACUUGGGCUUCGAGUCCUGCGUGUACAGAACUCGAGACAAUCGUAAUGAACUGGCUCGGGAAAAUGAUUGGCCUGCCAGAUAAAUUCUUACAUUGUCCUGGAGGAUCCGGAGGUGGUGGCGUGAUACAAACAACCGCAUCCGAAGCCACUCUCGUUUGCUUACUCGCAGCGAGAACCCGAGCAAUUAGAGACGUACAACAAAAUGAACCGGAUCGUUUGCCCGCUGAGAUUAAUUCGCGUCUUGUCGCGUAUUGCUCCGACCAGGCUCAUUCCAGUGUAGAAAAAGCUGGAUUAAUAGGAUUAGUUCGAAUGAAGUACAUCGAAUCUGACAAUGAACUGAGUAUGAGAGGAGAGGCUUUGCUCGAAGCAAUAACGCACGACAGAGCUGCGGGAUUACUGCCUUUUUUUGUUUGCGCUACUUUGGGUACAACGGGUGCCUGUGCUUUCGAUAAUCUCAAAGAAGUUGGUCUUGUAUGUGAACAGAAUGGGCUCUGGUUGCACGUGGAUGCAGCUUACGCAGGCAGUGCAUUCGUGUGCCCUGAAUUUCGCGGCUGGCUUCAAGGAAUAGAAUAUGCGGAUUCCAUUGCAUUUAAUCCUAGUAAAUGGCUCAUGGUGCAUUUUGAUUGCACCGCUAUGUGGGUGAAAAGUAGCCAAGCAUUGCACAGAACCUUUAACGUGGAUCCGUUGUAUUUGAAGCAUGAAAACUCAGGGCUUGCCAUCGAUUACAUGCACUGGCAAAUCCCAUUGUCAAAGAGAUUCAGAGCGCUGAAAUUGUGGUUCGUCAUUAGAAAUUACGGAAUCACCGGUCUUCAGAAGCAUAUUCGCGAGGGCGUCAGACUGGCACAAAAAUUUGAAGCGCUCGUUUUAGCAGACGCGCGCUUCGAAAUUCCAGCAACAAGGCAUCUGGGACUUGUAGUGUUUCGUCUUCGUGGAGAAAAUAAUUUAACAGAACGUUUAUUGAAAAAGAUGAAUUCGAGGGGCCGUGUCCAUUGCGUGCCAGCUGCUUUGCAUGGGAAAUACGUGAUUCGAUUUACGGUCACUUCGACUAACACCACCAAUGAAGAUAUCUUAAGAGACUGGGCCGAGAUACGAAAUACAGCGAACGAAAUUCUAGGAGAUACCACAACUUCUCCUGUACGAGCGAAAGUUCCACUUGCAGAAAGCUCAGACACUCGAGAGAAGAACGAAAAUUUCGGUUCAAGUUUGUUGUUGGCUAAUUCUCCAAUGUCACCAAAAAUUGUGAAUGGCAGCUUCGCUGCAAUAUACGAUACUGUGGAUGUAUUCGAAGAAUGCACGAAAGCGUUUGGUCAACUACGACUCGAAGCUAGAGAUAGUCCAGCUAUGCGGCGCCGGAUUCGAGGAAUACUGAUGUCAGGAAAACAAUUCUCUUUAGAUUCCCGCAUGGAUCUCGUACAGGGAUACGUUAGCUGUCGUCCAGCUAGAGAAAUGGCGUCGGAAUUGCCAUUGCAAGAGGACGAAGAUUUUGGAACUAGUGAAGUCUCUGACGCUAAUCAAUCCAUAAAUGAUGAUCCUGGUGAAUGUUCAACCAACCAACAAGGGGCGGAAGUUUCCGGAAACAUAGACAAAUCGUUAAGAAGACAAAUUUCUAACACUCGCCCAAAUUACGUCGUGAAUGGCUCGGUAAAGAUCGGUUCUCAAGACUGCUCGAAUACUCUAACGUCCAUAAUGUCUGCCGAAAGUAAUCUGCCGAGAAGUGAAACAAUAGCUGCGAUCGGUCAUCGUCCAUAUAGCGGCGAUUUGUCAUCGAUGCAGGGCCACAAUGAGAAUCCUGAUGAAGGAAACGAAGGCAGCGUGGGGGACGCAGCUGUAUGCAGAAAAUGUGGCCAUUGCAUGAAGAAGGAAUAGAGUUACCCGUAAAUUAUAUUGUGACAGUUCCCGACUGUGUGUACUCCUUCGAUGUCGUCGAUGGAUUCUAUGUUGUUCAGAUUUAAGCGUGGCGCCUCGCAGGCCUCGCGACAAAUUGUUGAAGAGAAAGUACAUAAUCAGCUACGAUAUUAAAUCUGAAUUUACCGUCUAAAAAUUACCUUCUAUUUAAUUAACUUCCUUACCCCGUUUCUUUUAAGAAUAUUAUAUAUGUACUCUUAUCGUGUAUUUAGAAUAUUAUAAUAGGGAUAUUUUAAGGAUAUUAUAAUACUGUGGUUUAUUUUCUGUCGACAAAGUUGUAAGAAUGAUAGAAUUUUUGUCUUGAGCAAGUCAAGAGUGUAUUUUAAAUCAGAGACACGGAUGUGUGAAUAUUUAUUAAAUUCUUGGGAUUGUUCGUAGUAUUUUUAACGGUGGAUAUAUUCUGUGUUAUGUAUGAUAUAUUAUGUUCGAUAGGAUUGGAAGAUCAUUAUUUAUCAUGAAUUUCUGCUAAACACUGAAACGCAAAAUUUAAGCAAAUAUAGUGUACUGUAUACUGCAAUAACCAAUUCGAAAAAGGAACGAGGAAAAACGCGAAAAGGAAAUUUAACGGCGUAAAUUUUGUGGUAAAUUCUAGCACGACUAUCCUGAUUCAAUGUUCCUGAUCCGAGAAAGAGCAGGGAAUAAGAUCUAAGAAAACAUUUCAAAAACGAAAUCCAAUGACAUAAAAAUUUUAUUGCGAAUUUGAAUACAACGAUGACAGAUCUGAUCAAUCUAGGCCACGGUUAUAUUUUGUUUUCCAAUCUCUGGAAAAACAUAUCUCAAACACAAUUCGGCCCAUUGUGAAUGAUAAUUCUUUUUAACAGUUCCGUACAUUAUAAUUCUCUCAUCGUUAAUAAUGAUUUAGAUGACGAAAAUAUCGCUUCGAUAUCAUAUAUUAACACGAUUUCCUUUUUUUUUUCAAACGACAUAAAGAGAAGAGGAAGAGUAUAUGUACACAUAAAUGUAUAUUUUCAUUGAGAUAUGUCAAGAAAGUAUCGCUGGUUUGCAUCCGAUACUCUGUUACAUAUCGCGCUAACAAUUAAAUCUUGAGGGCAUAACGUACUCGUAGAAUCUAUGUUUCGACACACCAUCUCUAAUCGUCUUAACAAUCAUUAAAUUACAAUAUGCCCUUACAACCAUCUGUCAUGGUUUUGCUUGUCUUCAAUUCUGAACAAUUUUUGCCCAAUAACUCUGGUUUAUAACAAUCAUAUACCGUCUCAUCUUUAACUACAACUGGAACAAUCUUAUAUACCGCACCAUUUCUUUAAAUACCUCUUUCAGCCUUUCAACAGCUCGCAUUGAUAAAUAACAUUAUGUGUCCGGAUUUGUAUGAAAGAUUCAUGAAAAUAUCUAUGUUAUACGUCUCUCUAUGAUCUCUUCAUGCGUUGGAUUACAUCGAGAUUUAAUACCACAGAUCCCAUAUUGGUCAGGAUAUAUUUCAGUCAAAAAGAAUCGAUAACGGUCGAAUUCUUUAGCAAUGUCUCCAAUUUUUUCUUCAACUUUUCCUUUCCUUCCCCAUAAAUUUUAUAUUUCGCGAUAUCCGUUUAUUCAUGCUAUUUGUACCAAAGUAUGCGUUUCUUAACACUACAUGAUUUUAAAAUACUGACCGCGUUUUUAAUAGUCAUAUGUUUCGAUUAUAGCUAAGCACUAGCUUAAUGCUAUUCCGCGGUCCGAUGCCACUAUCGUACUAGUCUGGUAAAAAAUUAACAAAGUUAAGAAACUCUAGAGCAAAUAAUUCUUCGUUAACUACUCUCUCUCUCUCUCUCUCUCUCUCUCUCUCUCCCUCUCUCUCUCUCUCUCUCUCUCUCUCUCUCUCUCUUUCUCUCUCUUUUGAGAAGACACGCUGAGCUUACCGGCUAAAUAUUACGUAUCAUUGGACAUUUGACUAUCACGCUGAACGUUAAACAGCGUUCAACUACUCAAAGUCAGCACACGAUAAUUUUUCAUCAUUAUCGAGACGCGAUUAUUUUGCAGAGGCAACGAUAUGUGCAUGAAGAAAAAUUAUUUCACUCUAUCACCAGUGAUUUUUACUUUCGCUUUUCGUAAAGCUCUAUGCCGAUAAUAUAUAAUAAAUAAUAUAGCGAACCUUUGGAAUGCAUAAAUGUUAGAUUCUCUGAUAAGAAAGCAUACAAGGCAAUGAUUAAUUAUUAAUUAUAUAUAUCUACGUAAAACAUUGUUCGUUAACGUCUGUUGAUAAUAUUAACUGAUUAAUAUCAAUUAUAGUUUCAUAACGCAAAUUCUAUCAACAUACGAUAAUUAAACGAAGCUACAAAGCACCUGAUACUCUAUUUUAUUUUCUUACUAGCUAGAUAUUUAUAUCUUCACUUUGAACACGUCGUUCGAAUUAACAAUACCGUGAAAUCACAUGAAAUAUAUGACGCUAAGGCAACGAUCGACGAAGUUGAAAGAAAAUAAUGUCCUCGUGGAGCUAAAUGGGGAACAACGAAAUCACGUGCUAAAGUAUAAUUGAGAACGCUACUUUGCUAUCGAAACAUCGCUUCAUGCCAUCGUAAAUACUCUAUCAAUCGUGUUAAAAUCAACGUAACUGACACCAACGAAGAAUCAAGAGGUCAGAAUAAAUGAACAUCUCGGGGCAACGAUCAUUCAAAUCGAUACACAUCGAUACAUGUAGAAACAGAGGGGGGCUCUCGAUACUUGCAUCGUAAAAUAUAUAAUCAUCAUACAUCAUUCAGUUUAUGCCCAAUGUUCAUUAACAUCGAGACAAAAAUGUUAGAGGAUAUCGAUACAUAGGUUGACAUCUCGGCGCAAUCGUAAACAUCGAUCUUUAACAGAGACAAAAGUGUACAUCGAUAAUAAUCUCCUCGAUUCUUAUGCAAGCACUUAGACAUGAGCUUUCGUGUAAACAGGCGAGCAAAGAAAGUAUCGAUCCUGUGUCUUUCUUUUCUCUUUCAUUUUUUUUUUUUUUUUUUGUUUCUGUUUUUCUAUUUCGAAACUGAAACAGCCUCGA